UUCUAUGGAGAAGCACAUUUUCUUAUUGAUUCUUCUACUUGUAAUUUAAUAUUACUUUGUUGCUUCCUCAAAUGGGACUGACCAACAAGCUUUACUAGCUUUCAAAAAUCUCAUUAUUACAAGUCCCAAUUAUUUUUUGGCCAAUAAUUGGACCAAAAAUGAGUCUUUUUGCUCUUGGUUUGGUGUCAGAUGUAGUUCAAAAAGGCAAAGGGUUGUAGCCUUGAGUCUUCCUAGUUUGCAACUUCAAGGCACAAUUUCCCCAUUUUUGGCCAAUUUGUCCUUCCUCAGUGUUCUCAAUCUCAAGAACAACAACUUCCACGGUAGCAUCCCUUAUGGCAUAGGCCACAUGCCUCACUAUCUCUAAGUAACAUGCCUCGCUAUCUCUAACAACUUCCAAUUUGGUAAGCUUAAACAACUCCAAGGGCUAUCUCUAAGUAACAAUAAAUUGCAGGGACAUAUUCCAGAGUCUGUAUGCCAUUUAUCUAAUUUGGUUAUAUUAUUUAUGGAUGCUAAUCAGCUCUCUGGAUUUAUUCCAGAAUGGUUAGGAAAUCUUAGCAUGCUACAACAUCUUUAUUUGGGUUCUAACAAGUUUUCAUAAAAAAUUCCAUUGAAGCUUUGGAAAAUGAGUGGUCUUCUCUAUUUAGAUGUGUCACAAAAUUCUACAGAGGGAGGUUUUCCAUCAGAUAUUGGAGUACGGAAAGCCAUUGUAGAAAUACAUCUUUCCAGUAACCACUUUUCAGGAAUGAUACCAAGCAGAUUGGGAAAACUCCAAAACCUGCAGCAUCUUGACCUGUCGAAUAAUUCAUUUUUUGGCCAAAUUCCAUUAUCCUUUGGCAACUUGGUAAGCUUGGAUUUCUUAAAUUUGUCUUUAAAUGCAUUGUCAGGUACUAUUCCUAAGUCUUUGGGAAAACUCUCAUACCUUAAAAGCAUUAAUGUUUCAUUCAAUGGUUUAGAAGGUGAGAUACCUGGUGAUGGUGUGUUUGCAAAUCCCACUUUGCAAUCAUUUCUCGGGAACAAAGGUCUUUGCGGAAUGCACAUAUUGGAGAUUUCUGUUUAUGCUAUCACUAAUCCUGGAAAACAAUCAAAGCAUAAGGAGGUUAUGCUAAAAAUUGUUACUCCAAUGGUUAUUUCAUCCUUGGUGAUAUUCUUGUUGGUUUUAAUUUGGGUAAUGAAACGACAGAAGAAAGGAAAAUCCAAAGAUGUUGAAAAGGUAACGGAGAUCAUGACUCAUCAAUUAGUUUCUUAUCACAUGAUUCAACGAGCAACAAAUAAUUUUGAUGAAUCCAAUUUAAUUGGUGUGGGAAGCUCUUGCUAUGUGUACAAAGGCACAUUAUCUAGUGGAACUGCAGUGGCCAUUAAGGUUUUGGAUCUGGAAAAUGAGCAAGUAUGCAAGAGGUUUGAUAUCGAAUGUGAGGUGAUGAGAAAUGUUAGACACAGAAAUCUUGUUCCAGUGAUUACUACAUGUUCUAGUGACUGUAUAAGGGCCUUUGUUCUUCAAUUUAUGCCCAACGGGAGUCUUGAGAAUAGGUUGUACAGAGAAGAUUUCCACUUGAGUCUUCAUCAAAGAGUCACCAUAAUGCUUGACGUGGCAAUGGCAAUUGAAUAUCUACAUCAUGGUCAUGUCACUCCAAUAGUUCAUUGCGACUUAAAGCCAGCCAACGUUCUUUUGGAUGAAGAUAUAGUGGCUCAUGUUGGUGAAACUAUAAGUAAGUCCAUGGCACAUACCGAGACGUUGGACACUCUUGGGUACAUGGCACCAUGGGUAUGAUGGACGUGUGGAUGCCAAUAAUUUUUCCGAGGAAGAACAGAUCACUUCUAAAAGUGAAAUCUGCAUUGCGUUCAUGAUAGAAUUGGCUUUAGACUGCACAUAUGAAAUGCCGGAAUCAAGAAUAAACAUGAAAGAGGUAGUCAAAGGGCUUAACAAAAUCAACAACGCAUUUCUAGAAACAUAGAAAUCUCUUCCGAUGGUGUUUUUCUGAGCUGCAAGUGAACAUGUUGCUUUUUGUUUACUUGGUUUGUUGAAUAAAGUCGUGUACAUGUACUGUUUGUACUUCAGAGUGUUGCAUUUUCCUUAUUUUGUGAUUUCAGAUUUGAGCUGUCUUUAAUAUGUUUUGAAUGCUAUGCUUGAAUAACAUUAAGAAAGUGUUUAGCUGCA